AGGUUAUCAGAGUUAUCAGCCUACUGUAAAUCAGGAUGUAUGAGACGGAGAAAAACAACCUGCGGAAUUUUAACAACCAUAUCGUUGCUAUUUUGCGACCGUCUUACAUCACGGAGUUCAUGAACACGUACUUAUCUGCAGAGUGUGUGGAGCGUAUCCUGUCGGAGGAGGUCAUCUCCGUAACCACGGCAGCGGAGCGUCUUCUGCAGAGUGUUUGUGAGCUGGAGACCCAGGGAUGGUUCCAAGGCUUCAAAGACACACUGUUUGCCUCAGGUUACCGUGGUCUGAGCAGGGCUCUGAGCGAGUGGGACUUCGGGCCCCUGGAGAGCCUGGUUGAGGCUCGGGCCCUGCUGGACCGGGUGGAGCCAGGACUGACGUCACACAUCAAACCCAGCGAGCUGCUGCCUCACCUGGUGCCCUGCCUGCUGCCACGCCAGGGGGAGGAGAUAUGUGCUAUGGAGGCCCAGCGUGGGUGUACUGCAGCAGGCCGCUGUCUGAUUGGCUGUCUGAAGAGGAGUGAUUGUGACACGUGGUUCAAGCAGCUGAAGAUGGCGCUGGAGGAGUGUGAGUUCACCCUCGCUCUGGACCAGCUGGCAGGGCACGCAGAGUCUGCUGUUGAUGUCGAUGAUGACGCCAUGGAGACCGAGGAUGGGAAGCUGGGUGAAACCAUGACGACGGUGUCCAUUCAGUACCGGGGAGGGAGUGAGGAUGAGGAGGAUGAAGGAGCUCCACCUGAGCGGCUCCCUGAAGCCCCGCCCCCCUCUGCAGGAGAGGCAGGUGUCAGUAGUGGGCAGGGCCAGUGUGGAGGAGGAGCAGGAGGAGGGGGAGGAGAGAAGAAGCUGAGAAUGUACCAGGCAGAGCUGGCUGAACAUGCUAUGAGAGGAGAGAACACCAUCAUCUGUGCCCCUACUGGUUGUGGGAAGACAGUGGUUGCCUUGGCAAUCUGUGAGCAUCACCUCAAGGUCAAGGGUGAGGGGGCGAAGGUCGUGUUCAUGGCAACCAAGGUGGAUGUGUACGAGCAGCAGUACAAACUGUUUCAACAGCACUUCCAGCACAAGAACCCAGACAUCAGGGUGACAGGUCAGUGUGGGUACCAGGACGCCAUGAACAUGCAGCUGGUGCUGGACAGCCAUGAUGUGAUCGUGCUCACCCCCCAGAUCCUGGUGAACGCCCUGGCCCGGAGAGAGCUGCCCUCCCUGGCCUCCCUCUCUCUCCUCAUCCUGGACGAGUGUCACAACACCACGGGGAAACACCCCUACAACGUCCUCAUGGCCUCCUACCUGGACACCAAGCUGUCCUCAAGAGGGCCCACUCUGCCUCAGGUGGUGGGUCUGACUGCGUCGCUGGGCGUGGGGGUGUUCAGGGACCUGGACGGGGCGCAGAGCAACAUCCUGCAGCUGUGCUCCAGCCUGGACGUCCAGCACAUCUCCACCGUGCACUCACACACUGAGGAGCUACGCUCUCACGUGUACACGCCUGAGAAAGACUUCUUCCUGGUGGAGCAGAGAGAGAGUAACUCCUUCCGCAGGAUCAUCCAUGACAUCAUGAUGAAGAUCGAGACGCUGGCCAAGUCUGUCUACAACAUAGACUCCCUGUCGAACAUCGUGAACAGGGACUACGGCAGUCAGAAGUAUGAGCAGUGGAUUGUGGAGGUGCAGAACAAGUGCAGGGUUCUGAGGAUGAAGGAGGAUGAGGAGGAGGAGAGGAGGAUCUGCAGAGCCCUCAACAACUACACAGAGCACCUCCGGACGUAUAAUGAUGCUCUGAUCAUCAACGAAGACGCGCGGACCCAGGAUGCUCUGGACUUCCUGUCCCUUCAUCGAGGACAAGAGGACGCAGGAAAUGACAUAAUCGAGAGGGAGCUGACCAACUUGUUUGAUGGCCAGCUGGUGCACAUGCGUGCUCUGGCCAGCGGGGGGCAGAGUGAGAACCCCAAGCUGAUGGAGCUGCAGUUCAUCCUGCUGGAAGCACACAGGAACGAACAGCACACCCGCACCGUGCUGUUCGUCCAGACCAGGGCCCUGGCACACGCUAUGAAGAGGUGGAUCGAGGACACCGAAAAUCUCAGCUUCCUGCAGCCGCUGGUUCUGAUUGGCCGAGGACGCAAGAAUCAGCUAACGGGUUCAGGUUUCACAUGACCCUCACCCUCUAUGAAGGGUGUCCUGGAGAAGUUCAAGAGUUCAACCAAUCAGAGCCGUCUCCUGAUUGCCACCUCUGUAGCUGACGAGGGUGUGGAUAUCCCACAAUGCAACCUGGUCCUCAUGUACGAGUACGUGGGCAACGUGGUCAAGAUGGUCCAAGUCAGAGGCCGUGGCAGGGCCCAGGGCAGCAGGUGUUACCUGGUGACCAGUCAGAAGGAGAGAGUAGAGAAGGAGAAGCUCAACAUGCAGAAGGAGAAGCUGGUGGAGCAGGCUGUGAGGAACCUGCAGAACACACACCCUGACAUUCUGAGGAACAAGACAUGCGCGGGCGUCGUGAGAGAGCAGGAGAGGAGACCAGAGAGAGAGAGGACAUCUGGAAGCUUCCAGCUGCUCUGCUCCAAGUGUAAAACACCUGCCUGCUACCUAGAGGACGUCAGGAUACUGAUGGGUGCUCACCACAUCGUUCUGGAUCGUUCCAUGUUCUCACGGGCGCUGGUGGAGCCCCACCCCAAGCCCAAGACGUACGACGGCGUGAACAUGAACAAGAAGCUGUUCUGUGGAGCGCAGGGUUGCCGGCACGACUGGGGCGUCUUAGCAACCUGCUUCAACAUCCAGAACCUGCCUGUCAUCAAGGUGGACAGCUUUGUGGUGAAGGACUGUGAUACUGGGCAACAGCAUUACUACAGGAAGUGGAAGGACGUUCCAGUUGCUAUGGCAACCUUUGAAGUGACCGAAAUGCCUGACAACUGGGGCCACUGUGAGUGUGGUGUGUGUUGUGUACUGUGUGUGUGUGUGUUGUUGUGUACUGUGUGUGUGUGUGUUGUCUAGUGUGUGUACUGUAUG